UGCAGUGCAAGGUCGUAACGCAAGACAUUUAUCAUAUUAAUAACAUAACAUAAUAACCAGAAAUGGUGUGCGCAUGUUGUGCUGUGGGAUGCGUGAAUAGACAAGGCUGCAAGCCAGGUAUUAUGUUUUAUCGUAUACCGAAAAAUAUAAUAAGAAGACAGCGGUGGAUUGCCGCAAUCAAUCGAAAGGACUGGCAGCCAACUGAUUUCACACGGCUAUGCAGUGAACAUUUUUUACACGGUUCAAAGAGUGAUGAUCCGCUGUCGCCAAACUACGUGCCCACGGUGUUCGCGUUCACCAAGUCGCCAGAAAAGAAGAGAGCCCUCAAGCAGCUGGAGAAAUUUGACAUCAGAGAAAGCAUGAAAAGAAAACAAGCAGAAGCAAAAUUGCAAUCAAGAGUUCUGGAUGGUGAUGGUGAGAAUGACAUGGUUGUUUGUGAGGAUAACAGCAACGUCAGGGAUGCAUGCUGUCAAACUGACCUCUCGUCAGAUGACAUAUGCGCACUGAUGAAUGACUGUCAAGCUUUGCGCAACGAAAACAUGGAUCUGAAAGACGCACGUAGGCCUAUGUCGUCGGAGCUGUUCGCUGAGAACGCAUACACAAAAGACGAGAAGGUCACAACUGUCACUGGGUUAAAGAACGUGCAUGUGUUAAUGGCAUUAUUUAAUGUGAUGCAUCCCUUCCUGAAAGACACAAGUCUAACGUGUUUCCAGCAACUCAUCAUAACGUUAAUGAGACUGAAGCUUAACUUGCCCCUUCAGUUUCUAUCUUAUUUAGUUGGGGUCCACACCAGCACUAUUUCAAGAGUGUUCAAUACCACCAUUGACAAGCUGAAUGACUUAAUAGUGCCUGCGUCUGUAGUGUGGCCUGAACGAGAGGAAGUGCAGGUCUCACUACCCAUGUGCUUCAGGAAGGAGUUUGGCAACUGCAUGGCCAUUAUUGACUGCUUUGAAAUAUUCAUUGAAAAAUCGAAAGACUUUCAAGCCAGAGCGAAGACAUUUUCGCAAUACAAGUCACACAACACCAUGAAGUAUCUCAUAGGAAUAACACCACAAGGAGUGAUCUCCUUCAUUUCAAAGGGCUGGGGUGGCCGAACACCAGACCCUCACAUCACUGCCAACAGUGGGUUCUUGGACCAUCUGCUUCCUGACGACCUGAUUCUGGCUGACAGAGGAUUUCCUAUCAAUGAACAGGUUGGACUGUACUGUGCCAGGGUUAUAACACCUGCAUUUACACGUGGGAAAAAACAGUUAAGUGCCAUUGACGUAGAAGACAGCAGGAGGGUAGCAUCAGUUCGCAUACAUGUGGAAAGGGUUAUUGGACUGGCAAGAUGCAAAUACAGGAUGCUUCAAGGGCCUGUGCCGAUUACACUGCUCCAAAUUCAUGAUGAAGAUGGGUACACCACACUAGAUAAAAUUGUCAGAGUGGCAUGUGCUCUUACAAACCUCUGCCCCUCAGUGGUACCAAUUGAAUAGUUAAAUAAAUGCAGAAAUCAGUUAAUUCAAUUUUUCAAAGAUUUUUUUUAAUUCUUCAAAAACAAUUGUAAUUUGUAUCAAGAAGUUAUCAGAAGUACAUGCAUAUAAUAAAUAUUCUUUCCACUA